UCUCAAGACAACCAAUACACAGACGGUUGCUGUACAGCCUGUACUUAAAGCCCUAGAUCUGGUCUGUGAGUUCGAAGCCGCUCUCUUCUCCCAAGCCAUGUCCGCGGAAGACACCGUCCCGCCGGGGCUCCAAUUGGGACCAUCAGGCUCACUUAUGGAGCCUCCAGCUUCGGCCACCAGUAGUCCUCCUCCGGCUUUGGCCACCAGUAAUCCUCCUCCCUCUCCGGCCACCAGUAAUCCUCCUCCGGCUUUGGCCGCCAGUAAUCCUCCUCCGGCUUUGGCCGCCAGUAAGCCUCCUCCGGCUCCGGCCGCCAAUGUCCCAGGACCCUUAGUGUACAAGAACCGUUUACAAGAAUACACGCAAAGAUCGGUCCUGCCCUUCCCAUCAUAUGACACAGUUAAUGAAGGAUCUCAACAUGCACCAAUGUUUAGGUCUACUGUAUUGGUGGAUGGAGCUUAUUAUACAUCACCAAACGCAUUCCGACAUCGAAGGGCUGCAGAGCAAGAUGCUGCUCGGGUUGCCUUGGAUGCUAUAAUGCAAAAGAUAAAAGAUGAAGGAUGUCCCCUCAUUGGUGAGGAUACAAUAUUUUGCAAGUCUAUCCUCAAUGAAUAUGCAGCCAAGAUGAAUCUAGAGAAGCCCACUUAUAAAACGAUUCAGGAAGAAGGCUUGCUUCCAUUAUUUGUGUCAUCUCUGGUGUUCAAUGGUGUCACGUAUAUGGGCAAGGCAGGAAGAAACAAGAAAGAGGCUGAACAGUUGGCAGCACGUGUUGUUAUCCUCUCAAUUUUGGGUGAUUCUGACUCAGGAAUGUCCAUGUCUGAGAUCAUUAAGUCUAAAUUCAAACUUUAUACUGUAUUUCAGAAGGAUUAUUCUCACAAUUCCUACAGUGGGGGUAUGCCUGGGGCUGCAAAUGUUAUUACAAGCUUAGGCUUUGGGGCUGCAAAUUUGGGAACUGGUUUAGGAUUUGGUGAUGCAAAUAUAGGAACUGGUUCAGGCUUUGGGGCUGCAAAUGUGGGAAGUGGUUUAGGCUUUGGUGCUGCAAAUGUGGGAACUGGUUCAGGCUUGGGUGCGGGAAAUGUGGGAACUGGUUCAGGCUUGUGUGCCGCAAAUGUGGGAAUUGGUUCAGGCUUGGGCACUGCAAAUGUGGGAGUGGGUUCAGGAUUGGGUGCUGCAAAUGUGGGAACGGGUUCAGGCUUGGGCACUGCAAAUGUGGGAGCUGGUUCUGACUUGGGCAUUGCAAAUGUGGGAACUGGUAUAGGCUUUGGGGCUGCAAAUGUGGCAACUGGUUUAGGUUUCCAUGCAAGUAAGGACAAGGAAUCUCAAGUUACUGGGGGCCCCAUUACUUUACCAAAGUCUGAAAUUUCAGAGACUUGCUUGGGCCAACUGACUAAUGUUCCAAAGGACCAGCAGCCUUCCCUGCAAUUCAUGCAACCUGAAGUUACAUCAUCAUUUGCUGCAAAUACUGCCCCAAUUGAAUUUGUGCCUCCAGUCCUUGAACAGCCUCUGGAUGCUGAUUCAGGCCCUGCAAGAAAGCGAAGACGUAAGAACAAGAAAGCUAAGAAGCAAGUCCAAGUUAAUGCUAUUUUACCAGUUGCUAGUCAAGUUCCAACUUGUUCAGUCGCUCAAUAAGUAGCAGCUAAAAUUUGUAUUUUCUCGUUAGACGCAGGUUUUAGGUUGUUGCCUUGCCCUGGUUCAAACCUGUCAUCAAUGGUGCAACAAGAUGCGCAUUCCAUUUUUCUUUGUUCAUAUGGUGUGGAUCAGGCGUCACUCUUGUGCCCCAUUCAACUGUGUGUAGUAUGGUAUCAUGGUAUGUAGGGCAAAUCCAAUACUUGCUGUUAAGAAUAUCCUUCUAGGUGAUCUAUGGUUGCAGUUUUAACUGAAGUGGUCAACUUGGGUAAAUACUAUGCCCGCAUGUUUUGUGCGGUAGGCUCUCUGGUUGCCCAGGAAAAGCAGGAAGGAAAUGUAUGUAUCAUCCGUGACUCUGAAAGUUGUUUCUUCUUGCUACCUUUCAUAGUUCUUCCUCUUUUUACCUGCGUUUAGGAGGAGGGGCUGGAAUGAAAUGAAUGAAAGGGAGCUGUCCUCGUUCCAGAGAGAAAAUGGUUAUGAAAUGGAAAUGGAAUGUUUUGAAAAUAUUAACCUUUGUAGUUUUCUUAAAGUUUAAAUUUACCCUUAACUUAAUCAAAAAAUUUCGUUUAUUUGUUUAA